UAGAAACCGCACGGCCGUCGCCGCGUCGCCUGCGCCGUUAACUCGCGAAAUAUUUUUCCUCGCACACACGUCCGCGUACACACUAAAACACGCACACACACUCACGCAAACGAACGUGCGUGCGCGCGCGCGCGACCGGCGUACACAUACGUUGACCAUACAAUAAUAUAAUAUCGUACACGAUAUAAUAUUAUUAACGUCUCCGUAACGGAUUUGAAUAUUAUUUUAUUUAUUUAUUUUUAUUAUUUUUUUUUUUUUUUGGAUUUCACGUCGCUCGUUUUUGGCCCCCCGCCGGUUUUCGGGGCGCGUUGGUAACCGCGUUUAAUACCACGGACAAAGCUGCAGUUGCCGCUUUAGAGAGGACGAGGAAGACCACUCCAUACUGGCACGACCCGCUAAAAUAACACAGUUUACAGCUGCAACGGUCCAGUCCUUCUUCACACGCCCAACGUGUCAGCGGUGUCGUGGAACAAGAUCACUGGUUAAUUAACAAUAAACAGACUUCUAGUUUGUCUGAUUUUUGGUUAAAAGCCGGUCAUUGAUGAUCCACGCUGAGACGACAACCAUAAUAUUUUCUGCUGAGCGGACCUAUACUUUGCAGACGACAUGCAACUGGCUAACGGAUAGAAACUGCCUACGAGUAAUCGACGUCAAACUGACACCACCACGGCUACUGUUUACCAUUACUGCCUACACUAAGUAAUCGGAUUACACCGUUCUAGUAUUUUACCACGAUGGAACGCAACAGAUUGUUUCUGGUACCACGGUUGUAGCCGGACUCGUAUUACAACGACAACGACCACGACCAUCACUCGCACUAGUCGAAUCGUUAUCCGAUCGUCUCUUAUAGAUUUAUGGAAGCGGACGAUGAUGGACGCGACCCGGCGGCGGUGGCGGAGACGGAGACGAAGACGGCGGCGGCGACUGCGACCGGAAAAGACGAUGACGAUGAUGACAGUGGCACUUCCGGCUGUGAUGAAGAGUAUGAUGAAUAUCUAGCUGACUUUCUCAAAAAACUAUGCCGGGAACGGGUAACCGCUAAUGAUCAGUUGUUGCCAUGCACUGCAAAGCGAGUAUCGGCCCAGGUAGAGUGUGUACCAUAUGGCGGUGUCCGGUACGGGGGGGUUGAUGACAACGAAGCGAAUGCGAACGACGAUGAUGACGCGUCUUCAGCAACGAUGACUCGCAAACCUAAGAUACCAGACGGUGGCUGGGGCUGGAUGGUAGUGUUCGCUUCGUUGAUGAUCUGCCUAAUCUCAGAUGGGAUCAGCUUUUCUUUUGGGUUACUAUACAUUGAGUUCCUCAAGGAGUUUCAAGAGAGCAAGUCCAAAACAGCGUGGAUUGGUAGCCUGUUUAUGGCUGUACCGCUGAUACUGGGACCGGUGGGAAGCGCUUUAGUUGACAAGUUUGGGUGCCGGAAAAUGACCAUCCUGGGUGGUAUAAUAUCCGGCUUGGGGUUCAUUAUCUCAUCGUUCGCUGACUCGAUCGAGAUGGUGUUCUUCACUUUUGGUUUCCUAUCCGGACUUGGACUGUGCUUAUGCUACGUGACGGCCGUCGUCAGCAUCGCAUAUUGGUUUGACAAGAAGCGCACCUUAGCUACCGGGUUAGGUGCGUGUGGAACCGGGAUCGGCACGUUUCUAUAUGCGCCGAUGACUCAGUAUUCGAUCGAGGAGUACGGCUGGCGAGGCACCGUGCUCCUAUUAGCAGGCACGUUUUUCAACUUUUGCGUGUGUGGUGCUCUGAUGCGUGACCCCGAUUGGCUGAUCGCUGAACAGAAGAAGCCGGCGGUCACCAAUGAUCAUUCAACAGCUGUCAUCGCCAAACCAUGGACUGAUACUGAGGAGUCCAUCGUCGAUCACUGUCCACUGGUGACCGUUGAGAAUGAAACAACCGCUACGCCCGCCGGAAAGACUACGGGAUUUGAGCUUGUCGCGUCUGAACCGGAUGUAGAUGUACUCAUGAAGUAUCCAGGAGUUGAGCAAUAUAGACGCAUGGUUAAAGAAGCUCAAUGCGCUGAAUACAGGCUGACUGGUGUCACCACCACUGUUCGUAGUCCAAUGACCAACGGUGCGCGACGAAUGUCUGACGACAACGCUGGUUUCCGGUCAGUCAUCAAUUUACCCACAUAUCUCAAGCACAAUGAAAAAGUUCCGUUCGAGGUACUCGAAUCGUUAAGUUCCAAUAAGACGCUGUUCAACUUGAUCCUAGUUAACUAUCCAAACUUGUUAUUGUGCCGGAGCAACAGUGUGAGCCAGUUGAAUAAUACUUCGGUGGGCAAAGACUCGUCGGAUACUCGGACGGUUAACAACAAAAGUGGACUUCGGUGUGACUCACCACCGCUGGUUAUGAAAAUGAAAUUGAAACAAUCAAAGAAGUUCAACUCUAUGGGUUCAGGUGCCAUGUCACCACUGGAAUCGCAAGUAGUAUCGCCGCCGCAGACUUAUACCGCCGACAAUAGCCCCGAACGACAGCCUAAAGCACAUCAAUCGAUGUUGAAGAGACAAUUUAGCACUACUCAAAACAGCUAUUUUAAGAGCUUACCAUAUCACAGGAGCUCUGUGAUGUACAAAGGAGCAAUAUUAAACAUACAAAAAAAUUCUAUGAAAGCGUCCUCGUGUCCAGACAUAUACAACAAUAACUCUACGUUAACAGUCAUUAGUGAACCCGAUUCCAUGCUCCGCAGGCAUAGUUUUGUCAAAGUAAUUAAUCAGUUAUCGAAUAAACGUGUGAAUACGGUACGUCGAGUUAGGCGGAAAAGAUCAUAUUUUCAUUCGAAAGCGUUGAAAAAGGAAUGGUAUACCGAAGUGAAAGAGCUGUUCAGUGGUAUCUUAGACUUCAGUAUGUUUUUGGAGCUGCAUUUCCUAUUUUUGUCCCUUUCCACAAUAUUGCUGUUCACGUGGUUUAUCGUCCCAUAUUUCUAUCUCACUGAUUUUGUCAUGGCUCAGGGAUUGAGUGAAACUGACGCAUCCACUAUCAUCAGCACCAUUGGGGCUACAAACACUGUUGGAAUGAUAUUACUCGGCUGGGCUGGUGACUAUCCAUGGAUGAACGUAACCAAGGUUUAUGCGAUCUGUCUAGUAGGCUGUGGAAUUUGCUGUGCCAUCAUGCCUUUGUUUAUUAGUAGCUUUUGGUCGCUGAUCGUCAUCGGUGCCUUAUUCGGCCUAUUCUUCGCUUCCAAUUUUUCGUUCACACCCGCCAUUUUGGUAGAACUUAUACCGCUAGACCGAUUCACCACGGCAUAUGGUCUAAUGUUACUGUGCCAAGGUAUCGGAAAUUUAUUGGGACCUCCAUUGGCAGGUUGGGUAUCUGAUUUGACUGGCUUUUGGGACUUAUCUUUUUACUUGGCCGGUUUUUGGAUCGUUUUGUCUGGUGUUUUCAUUGGGCUCAUUCCAUUCACGAAAAAUCGACUAUUGUGGGGCGUCGGCCAAUUGGAAAUCGAACGUGACAGCGUUAGAUCAUAAAAAUAUACAAUUUUAUCUUAAAAUAUAAAUAGGAGGCCUUAGAAAUGUCUCAUAGUAUGAAUUAUAUUCAUCGUACUACGAUAUAAACGUAAUCUUGUAAUAUGAGUUGUUUAAACAAUUCUUUUUUGAGUAUUUUCCUGUGAUGUACCUAUAAAACUGUGAAAUCGAUAUCAACUUUAACCGGUUAAAGUGUUCGAAAAUAGUUUUUUGAGUUAAUGAGGAAUGUUGAAAAAAAUGUUAAUUAAACAGUUUGUUUAAAAUGGUAACUAAUAUCGCAUCUAUCCAAAAUAAUGAAAUAGCUAAAUAAUUUUCUAGAUUCUAUUUUAGUUUAUUUUAUUUUCGUAUAAAUCAUUAAAAAUAC